AUUGAUGGGGGCAACCUUAGUCACUUCAAAAUAUCUUUACCCCCACUAACACCUGCUUCAUAGUUUAUAUCACAAGCCUUUCGUCUUGAUAAUAUUUAUUGAUAGCAGGGAAGGGAAAAUAUGACUGACAAGAACGUUAUCUUCGCAUGUGAGAUUGCACUAAAUUUGAAGUCGGUGAUGUCAUUCCAGGCAUGGAUGAGACGCGUGAGAGGAGGCUGUCGGAAAAGACUUUGGGCUGAUGUUCCGGAGAGUUCCAGCCCUGGGAUGUAUGAAGGCAAACACAUCCACUACUCGGAGGUGGACCACAAGCCUCUGUGUUCAUAUAGCCCAAAGCUUUGCAAGCAACGCCGACUCAACGGUUAUGCUUUCUGCAUCCGCCAUGUGCUUGAGGACCGGACCGCUCCUUUCAGACAGUGCGAAUAUGUUGCCAAGUACAAUAGCCAGCGCUGCACCAAUCCAAUACCCAAGGCUCACGACCGAAAGUAUUGUAAUAGUCACCUUCAGGUUAUGGGUGUCCUCCCCAAGAAGGAGCGAAAGAAGAAACACGAUACAAUAGAGUCUUUGGCCCUCAACAUUACCGUUCCAUCCCUGGCUCUGAAGACCCACAACGGGCUUGAGCUUUUACCUCCAUCCCCACCACCCUCCCUGGCUUGUCUACUCCCCUCUGAUCCCUUCGCCUUUUACAGGGGGGGGGGAAUGUUAAAACCUAGUGGCACAUUCCUGAAGAAGCCCCAAGAAAACCAAGCUCUGAACCAUAAGCAGAAACAGCAAGAUCACAGUGUGGAACCAGCCUUCCCAAACCAUUUCAAAACCUCGUCUCUUUCUUCAACUCUUCCACGUCCUUGCCUCCCUCCUCCCCAGACUGGAAGAACCUCACAGACACCCAAAGUUCCCUCCUCCCCUCGUGCAGAAAUCUUACAAACCCCUGCAGUUCGUUCAGGUUCAUUAUUCAAAACCUCAUCAACUCUUCAGGACAGCCGCCAGGGCUCAAUAGAAACGACUCCAGCUGAUAACAAAAUUAAACUGGACCUUAAUCAUGCUUUUGACAAAAAGGUUGGCUCUGCAGCUUCAGGGACAGCAUCGAGCCGUGAUGACAUACAUAGACGUUUAGUAAAAAUGCACUCGGUUGCCAUGCAACAACAAGCUCCAUGUUUGCAGAAGUUCCAUAGAUUGAUGGUCCAACACAGGGGCAGGUACCAAGACCUGAACACACAUUUAGGGCUUGUCUGGUCAGAAGACAGUGAAGAGGAAGAUGGAGACUUGGGGAAACUAGUGUCACAUCAGUGCCAGAGACUACAAGAGAAGCACUCUGAGGAAAGUGCCAGCAGUUCCCGUGCUGAGCGUUUGGCAGGCUUCUGCUCAUACCUGAGACAAAAACACACGCACCUUUGCAGAGAGCAGAGGGGCUUCAGGAGGGAGAGGAGAUCCCAGCAUACCCUUCGUAAAGCCCUGCUGCAGGCAGCAAGAGAAGAACCUCACCACACUGCACAGCUUAUUCAGGAACAAUAUAAGAAGACCUCCACACCCUCCAGCACUGCAGUGCCAUUGUCUGGAGAUGACUCAGGGUUGUGUUCGGCUGUCGUGAAAGGUGAAAACUGCAGAAAUUCAGCCUUACCGUUCACUAGGCACUGCUUUCAGCAUAUCCUUCAGAACCGUUCACAGCAGCUGUUCUCAAGCUGCACCGCUCGCUUUGCAGAUGGAGCUCAGUGUUCCAUCCCUGUCUUUGACAUCACGCACCAGACGCCACUUUGUGAUGAGCAUGCCAAGAAAAUGGACAAUUUCCUUCGAGGUGAUAUCAGCCAGAGAACGUACCGCCACCACCAGCAGAUUCAGCGGCACAGACCACUGAAGAAAGACAAGCCUCCAGCACUCACUAAGAAGCAUAAGAAGAAAGGAAAGCGAGGAGCACCAAGGCGCCCUCAGAAACCCAUUCCUCCCGCGCAGCCCCAGGGUAACCUGGGAUUGCCUUCCAUCUUGUGCCUGCCCACUCAGCCCUCUGGCAUAAGGAGCCCUUUAACUCCUGAUUUAAGUGCAGAUGAAUUUCCAGAUGACAUCACCAAUGACAUCAGCGACAUUCCACAUGACCUGGAGUUAAAUCAGGAGGAUUUCUCAGAUGUUCUUCCUCGACUCCCGGAUGACCUGCAGGACUUUGAUCUUUUUGAAGGCAAGAAUAGUGAGCUGUUGCCCACCUCUGAGGAAGCCGAAGAAUUGGUUCGUGUUCUGCAGGCCAUGGGCUCAUACGCAGAAUCCCUUGCAUGUCUAAGCGGAAUGGCUGAGCUUGGUCCCGUAGAAGCGAUAGAUUGUCGUAGCAUGCCGGGGGGAGUCGUGGAUCUACUGAGUGGACGACUAUCUGCUGAGACUCUCUCCAGCCUGGAGCUGGACCCCAGUCUGCUCCCCACCUCUGAAGAUGCUUUCCCCCCAUCACCUCCAUCACCACAACCCCCUCUCACUCCUCCAUCCUCUGCGGGGCAACUCACAGACAGCACAUACCCACCGAGACAACCUCAUCUCCUAGCGAAGAUGGAUAACUCCAAAGUGAAUCUGAGCAAUCUGCCGUUUGGAAAGGACGAGGACAUCUCUCAUGGCUCCUGGGGCGUUCUCGCCCUCCCCCUCAACGACUCCUCACAAUUUCACAGCCUUAUUGCCUCGGAUGGCCUGCUGAUGUCCACAGCCCUCUCAACGCCAAUGACCCCCGUGUCCUCGGCCCCCUGUCAGCCCAGUUCGGCCCUCUCCGCUUUGCCUCAGACUGUGCCGGUCACUCGCUCCACACCCACAUCCUCGCCCUCCUCACAAACAUCCCAAACCAAGCACCCUCCCCACACUGUUCAACCACUGUGGGAUCCCAGCAGACUUGCAGCCGCACCACAGUACACCGGCGCCACCUAUGGACCAGGCCUGAACUGCAGGCGGAACCAAUUUGCUACAGUCACAGUGUUCAGGGAACAUGUUGCAGGUGAUUUUUUUCUCUCCCCCAAAUGUCAGGGUCAUUCUGUCCAUCUUCUCAGUCCUCUGCAUCGUUUUCCCUCAACAAGAAAGAACAUCAAGCAAUAAAUUUCCUUGUCUGCUUAAAAAUAGUUGCUUUUUUCGAAAAGCAAACAUAGAUGGAUUUUAGCCAUUAAUAUCACUUGUAUCCUUAAAUGCAUAUUUAAUAUAUUUAUAAAGUAGCAGUCUGCACAACUAGUUUUAUUUAAAAUGUGUGGUAACUGGUGAAAAUGUGGUUCUUGCUUAGAGGUAAUGGGCAAGUUUGUCAGUGGCAAACACAAGGGGAAAGGUGUCAUGGUUGUAUCACUAUUUUGUCCCAUGUAAUGAUUAAAAAACGUAUUGUUUUGGCAGAUGGUGUUUAUGUGCUUUUAGUAGCCGUUAAACUAUGGGGUCUUGCUCUGAGUGUAAGUGCCUGCCAUAAAAGCUGUGUAACACCUUUAUAAUCAGUGUAUUGCAAAUCAACAAAAUACACAUUGCAUUGUCACUAAGUAAAAAUCUGUAAAUGCACAAAAUUUCACUCUUGAAAACAUGAAAAGUUGCAUUUACUCCCUGUUUUUGACAAGUAAUUACCUUCUCACGUUACCGUAAAGUUACUUGAGGGUGUUAAACUUCGAUUCUGAAUGUUCAGUGUGCUCCUGUGUAAGGCCUUUAGCUGAAGUGAUAGCAGUUGUGGGAAAUAAAUGGUGUAAAGCUAUAGUUAUCUUGUUAUGGCUUUUAAAGAGAGUAGUUAUGAUGCCUUUACCCUCAUGUCAUGCCAAGUCUACAUUUGCAUUUUCCUGUUUAUCUUUGUUGCAGAUGCUUUUUUACCAAAAGUGGCUUUUAAGAAAGCCUCUUUUUAUGUCCACAUCAGAAAAUAUCUAUAUAUCAGUAUAUCUAACUGACCAAUAUAAUGAAAUUGUGUUUGGGCAGUUAAGCUUUUAAAAAGAACAAUGACGUAUAACCUUAAUUCGGUAUCUUUAUAAAACGGAUAAUGGUAUAAAAUUGUGGUUUGGUAGACUUGCCGUUGUACCAGAUAAUGCUGCUUUUACCAACAACAGGCAUACUGACAGAAAUCCUUGCACACCGAGGGUCGUCUCAUAUACUUUUUAUACUUAUUCACUGAAUGUAUCAAGUCAACGAAAAAGUUUAUUAUAACCUAUUAAAAUGGUAUGGUCCUCUUCUUUGUUCAAGGUAUUUUUAUGUAUUGACACGUUUACUUUUUGUUACUUAAGUGCUUGGAUGUGGGUGUGGGUGUGUAGACAAUGUGUAAGAGAAAUUAUAUUUGUUUUAUUUGAAAUGUGUGAAAUAAAACUGCUAUGA